CGGCCUUCAUGGCCUUCAUCAUCGACCAAACACCAGACAACGAUGUGGUAGUGACACGAUGGCUGGCCCAGAACCAGAACCAGACGCGGAGCCAUCCUACACGGUCUUCAUCCGUCUCCCCUUUCCCAGGGGAGACUUUGUUGAUCCACCACCGGUAAGAAAGUCCGUUCUACACGGAUUGGGUGCGGCAGAGAAGCUGACUUUGGACCCUCAUAGGUUGAAUGGGGAGCUGCCAAAGACGAGGCCUUGUGGGAAAUCCUCUCCAAGUCUUCCAAGAAUAGCGUGAUCGAUUGUAUGUUGGACCUUAUUAGUACCCGAAAACGCAAAUACACCGCUAACAAGUUGUAGGGAAUGAACUGGCCGACAAAUUCCAAGUAACGCUGGCCUUCCUUUUACAACAGGCAGCAUGGCUCUACGAAAUGAACUUAAGACAGGUUCACGCCCAGUUGACCAAGGUCCGAACAGCCAAGGGUUCUACAUCCGCAGCGCCUUCGCCGGUUCCUGGCAGUACAUCUGAAAAUGGAGGAGGUGAAACAAUGAGAAGGACCGGUUCUGGGGGAGGAGGUGACAAAACACUGCUUCGAGCCAUCAUACAUAAGCUCAUAGGAUACAGGUCCACGAGUCUCAUCUGCGCUCUCCGGAAGAAGAGAUACGCCAUCGGCAGGGAAUGAUGGAGUUCCAGGGACCCCAAUACGUGCGAUGGGUAUGUUGUUGUCCUCCUGGAUACACAGCCGUUCUGACUUUCUUAGCUCCACCAUUCUCCCGGACUACUUCAUCAAACAAUACGAUGGGCGCUUCUCGAUACCUUCCUCCCGCCUCACCGCGUCCUCCUAAUACAAAGAUGAACCGUCGUUCACUCUCUCCUAAACCCAAAUCCCGGCCACCAUCGAUGGCAAUCGAGCCAGCAACUCGCUCUCCCCCCCCCGAAAUCCUUUCGUCUCCUGUAUCUUCAUCCUCAUCCGACUCCGACUUUGAACCUCCUGCUCAGAGUCGUCUACUACGACGACCUGCACGUUUCAAGUCAAAGCAUGGCGAUCCAGAAGAUGGGGACGGCUCAGACGACGAACCAGCAUUUAUGCCUUUUGCUGAACCUCCUCAUCACGACCCAAGUGCUACAUUACGAGGUGACCCUCGAAACAUAAGUCGUCGGACAUUACCCAUACACAAGAAGCCGCAGCAAUCACAGACUUCGGAUUCCUCCACAAGUUCGGCUGCCGCACCAUUGAGAGCACGCCCAGAACCCGUAACAAGAGAAAGCUCGCAGAGACAUAGGAUGACUGGUCCAUUAUCGCCUCGAAGAACUGCUGAAUUAGCUGGUAGAAGCCCAAUAUCGAAGGGAAAGGGGCGAGAAGGUAGUGAUGGGACGCCGAGCAUGGGGAGUAGCUUCAGUGAUUUGGAUGGUAAGUCCCAGGCUUAUUGUUGCUGUCUUGCCCCACAGUUCAUUGUGUUAUGUUAACUUGACCAUCAGAUGCAUCCGUCACGCAAAGUGCUCUCGAAGAAGCAUUAAUGAGUAACAUGCAAGCAGGUGGCAUGGCUUCUCGGAUGUCAAGCAUAAGCCAGGCACUGAGGAGUAAAUACCUUUGACGAAAACCUCAUGUAUUAAAUUGUAAUAUGAUGGAGCGCAUGGCGUUCUUUCUUUGGGUAUACUGGAGUUAGGGAAAUAUCAUGGGAGUUAAGGUAAAUACGUACUUCCACAAGGUUAGUUUUCCAAGAUUAGGCCUAUAUCAGAGCCGAGAUAGGAGACCCAAGAUAUGUCAGGGAAUUUUACGGAUAUGUUCUCUUUUUCUGGAGACUCGAGUGCUGUUAUAUAUGUAUGAUUAGUAAUUCUAUAGGGGGGCGUUUCGAAAUCCAGAAUGCAUAUAUCUUCUCUUCUAGAAAAU